AUGCUGUCUAGGCGGAAUAGAUCUAAAACAGGGUGUAAAAGAUGCAAAGAAAGAAAACGGAAAUGCGAUGAGACUCAUCCUUCAUGCAAUUUCUGUUUAAUACGUGGAUUAUCAUGUGAAUAUGAGAUUAAAAUAUUUGAUAUGACUUCGUUCAGAGUCGACAAACCAAAGAAGAACAAGAACAAAAAUAUAAACAAGACAAUCACAACAGUAGACAUCGAAGUACCGUCAUGUACUACAAUUACUACUACAUCUACAGAUAUUAUCCGUUUACCGACACCAACAGAUUUACAUUUUCCCGAAACGACAUUUUCCCCAACUUUCAACAUCAAUGCUUCAUCACCAUUGAUACUUUAUCUAGAUGAUCAAGGAAUACAAUAUAUUAAAAUUUUUGAACGUUAUGCCAAUUUGGUUUCACUUAGUGAAAAGACAAAUUAUAUCAAGAGUACUUUUCUAACAUUGGCAUUUUCGAAUGAAGCAAUCCUGAAUCUACUAGCAUCAUGGGGAGCUACAUUUCAAGGAGAUGGAGAAGAAGCUGAGAAAUAUUUAAUUCAAUCUAAAGAAUUGGUAAAAUCAAGUCCUAUUGAUCGAUUUGAUUAUUUUACUAGUGUUGCUUAUAAUUUAAUUCAAAUGGCAAUUUAUAUUCACAGAGGAGAUACAAAAAACUGGUAUGAUAUUUUCAAAAAAUGUGAAAAAUUAGUAAGAGAUUAUGGUGGAUUAAAAAAAUUCAUUCAAGAUUUUGGAUUUUCAAAUGAUUGUAAAUUUUUAAUUUCCAAUUUCCAAUUUUAUGAUGUUAUGUCUAGUGAAUCAUUAGCAAAUGGUACUACUUGUACUAUGGAAAAUUACCAUAAUUUAUUUAAAGGACAAAAAUUAUUAGAAGGUGAUUAUGGAUUAGAUCCUUAUCAAGGUUGUUGUCAACCAAUCUAUCUUCUAUUAGGAGAAAUCAUGAAUGUUUACGUUGAAACAAAAAGAGAACGGGAAAAUGUUGUUCAUCAAAAAGAUUCGACAAUUCGUGUCCAGUUUUAUAAACAAGUUGAACAAAAAGUUAACUAUUUAAUCACAAGUAUCAAUAAUUGUCAUCCAAGUUCUAUACCAGAUGAAAACAAUGAUCAAUUGGAAUUAUUUAAACUAUGUUGCAUUGCUGGUAAAAUGUAUGUUCUAUUAUAUAUUAAACAAACCCAACCAAAAUCUAGUGAGAUCCAACUAUUACUACUUGAAUCAAUAGAUAUCAUUGACAAGUUAAUUGAAACCAAAUUGGCAAAAAAUUUAAGUAUGGCAUUGCUAAUCUGUGGAAUCACGGCUGGUAAUAAAUCUGAUAGACAAAAUAUAGAAUCAAAAUUUUCUGUUAUAUAUGAAAGAUACAAACAAGGAAAUUUAAAAAGAAUAUGGGAAAUUGUCAAAGAAUCAUGGAUUAGAAAUCCUUAUGGAAGUAUUUGUAUUGAUUGGUUAGAUAUUUGUCAUGACUUUAACUGGAAAAUUUCCAUGAUAUGA